CAUGACGUCAAGGAGAGAGGAGAAAAGAGUAAAAGAAAACAGUGUAGUGCAAUUAACUGCAGCAACUAUCAGUGGAACACCCCGCACCUGGCCUUCCACCGUUUCCCGAAGGAUCCCGACAGUUUUCUCGGGGCCCUUCGGUGCCACCCAGCUGUGGCACAACAUCAUCCAGGCCCUGCAAACCCAGGUGGAGGUUCGCCGCUGUAGAAGGCAUCUCCGCGUUCACACCGAAUGUUUCACAGGCUCGGACGCCGUGGAUGCCGUCCUCAGUUACUUGAUGCAGAAUGUGGUGUUUUGCACGAGUGAAGUGUCUCGCCUCAAAGCUGCCCGACUGUGCCAGGCGCUGAUGGAGGCCAAGGUGUUCGAGCCAGUGGGUACAAAGCUGUUUCGCAGAGACAAGGAAGUGACCUUUGAGGACAGCAGCUGCAGCCUUUACCGUUUUCUGGAAUAUAAAGUGGUACCAAAUUCUGCCAUGAAAGAGUGCAAUAGUGACACAGAAAACGUGCCACCAGAGGAACAGGGGCUGAAGAGGAAGAAGAGCUCCAGGAGGCUGAACGAACUGAGGACGAUCUCUAAUCCCCUUGCUGUCGGACCAUCAGACAGGAGGGUUGAGAGGCUGCUGAGAACCAUCAACCUGCGACCAACCUUGUCUACAGCUUUAAACACAACCCCCACUACUCCUGCCUUUCUGUCCAAAACUGUGAUGGAUGAAGUUUGGAAGCAGCAGACGCUACUGCAGCUGCUGCAGAUAGUAGAGCUGCCCAUGCUGGACUGCAUCCUGAUGUCUCCUUCCAGGGUUCAGCUCCAGGCCUGCAGAGCUCCUGUAGCCACCCAGGACCUGGUUAUCUCUAACACAUGUCUGGAGAGAGAGCUGCCCGACACUCUUAAUCUGCCCCAUUUGGAUGGGUGGCUGUCGGCAGCGGCAGACUGCUUGGAGCUCUUUCCCGACCAGCUGAUCGUGGUUGCAGGGGAGCAGCUCAGCCAACAAGGUGAAAAUACCUUUUCAGAAGACGGCCAGUCGGAGCAGAUGGUGAGCCAAAAGAGGCUGCUCUUUGACACUAUUGCCAAGUACUACAGUGGACAGGAGAAAGCUCCCCUUCUUUCAGGACACCACGUGGACAUACACGCUGCAAUCCUGGAUUUGCUGGAUGAAGGGAAGUUGCAGGAUGCCAUCAAAGCAUCUCAGCUGUGUUUUCGACUGCUGGAGACGAGCGUGAGGGAUGAGCUCAGGAGACUGCUGACCUUUAUGGCCACAGCAUCUCACCCAGACGCUUGCCGUCUUCAGAAACAAAUUGAUAACAGGGCCUCGGUCUGCCGCGCUUUUCAGAGAGCAAUUGUCCAGAAUCAUGAACUGACUCGAACCCAAAGUGAAACCCUGGUGCUGUUUCUCAUGGACAAUUACACUGAGCUCUUCAAGACUCCGACAUCCCUUAUUGAAGCUGUGAGGAGAACACUGAGGACUAUGCAGCAGGGAAAAGACCCUGACUCAACUGCCACGUUCACCUUCUGCCAGCAGGUGUCGCCAGAGGAGUACGAGGACCAGCGAGAGGCUGCCACCCUGGAGAGCCUCAAACAGCUUCUUCAUGACAUCUCCUCCAGCAAAACCUUACCUGUCAAGGAGAGAAGGAGGCUGCUCAGAGAGUUUGAGAAACAUCACCCCGUGGUCUUCCUCCAGCAUUUAUCUAGCACCUUCUGAAUCAUACAUGUAAAGGCUUAUCGGUUUGACUUCCCAAGUGCACUUCACAGAGCCAGGUUGCAGUGGUACAGCGCUUACACUGAAGAAUAGCAAUAAUUUAAUGCACAUUAAUCUGGCUCAGAUUAAACAUGUUGUUGUUAGUGAUUGACGUGAUGUGAUGAAGUCACAAGAGGCCACAGUUGUUGAGGCUUUAUUUGUAGAUAUUCUGUUAAGUCUUGUUCUUUCGUGUUUGUUCCAGUCUUGUAGCACUGGAUGCAACUAUCUCAAUGGUUCUCAGCCUUUUCUCGUGUCAGAGACCCCUAAAUGGAUACGCAUUAAAUCACGGACCCCAUCUGAUAAGAUUUCACACCACAAAACUCCAUCUAAGGGCUGCGACUAGCGAUUAUUUUCACUAUUGAUUAAUAUGUUGAUUAUUUUCUCGAUUAAUCCAUGGGUUGUGUGGUCUUUGAAAUGUCAGAAAGCGGUGAAAAAUAUUCUCCCAAAGCUUCAGAUUACGUUCUCAAACGUCUUGUUUUGUCCACAACCCAAAGAUAUUUAGUUUAGUGAGAUAGAUGUGUGAAGAAACCAGGGGGAAAAAAAAUCACAUUUAAGAAGCUGGAAUAAAAGAAUUUUGACUUUUUUUUUUUUUCAAAUUAGUUGGUAAUUAAUUUAAUAGUUGACAACUAAUUGAUUUAUUGUUGCAGCUCUACUUCCAUAUUAAAAGAUAUUGGUUGUUAGAUAUGAUUGAAAUUUGCCUGUGUCCAGACCUGAGUUUGAGUUGACUGAUUUCAUCUGGCCUCGUGACAUGAAACAGCAGUUUCUCAGUUAAAAUAAAAAACAAGCCAAUCAGUGCCACAGGUGGGACUAGUACUGUAGUCAAGCUGUUGUCAAGCGCUGUUAAAUGGUUUGCAGAACCAAUGAGUAUUAAUAACAACGGCUAGCGCUGUAGACAAGAUAGAUGCUGCUAUUGAGGCUGUUCUACAUCAGCAUGUCUUUUCAGUACUGCCCGACAUCAUAGUUUGUUUUACUUCGCUCCACUCCACUCUGUAAAUCCUGGCAAAACAGGCAUUAGUGUGGAGUUAAAAUGAUGUUAGAUUCAGGUGGAUAUGUUGGCCUCUAGUAAUUGGGUAGGGAAAGUGAAUCCCUCUCCCCCAUGGAAAUCUGUUAGAGUGGAUGCAGUGUCAAAUUGUAGAUGGAAACGUAUUUUGACAGAAUGACAAUGCUGUUUAAUAUUGGGUAAGAAUCCUUAAGAUAUGACCUACAGUUGAGGAUGUUACCGUGGAGGAAGUGAGCAGUCACUUUUAUGACUCUUAGUCACACUGGGCUCACUUCUAUAGCAAAGUUAAUGAAAAUAAACGGGAAAUAAAUUUCCCCAUGUUUUCUGACGACCCACUGGUACUCCCUGAAGGACCCUAUGUAUUCCCCAGACCCUUUGUUGGGAACCGCUGCACUAUCAGAUUAACGCUGUCUGAUAAAGCAUUGUUGAGAUAAAAGUGUCUUUGUACAAGGCGCAGGCUGAAUAAUACUUGUGAAUGGUUUUUGUACUGUAACAUUUCAUCUGUGACAUCAGGUGCCUAAACAGCAGUACUCAGUAAGCUGUAGUAGCUUCAGCUGUUUGUGGCAGUUGACAUUUUUUGUUAAGUUAGGACACAUCUUUUAAUUUUACAUUAAUGACACUAACUUUAUGUUUUAAAGAUUAAUAACGUUUAAAGAUGGCUUAUGUGCAGUAGAUUGUCCUACUGUAGAAUACUAGUCUAUGCAAAGUAUGAAAACAAAAGGGAUUACUGGAAAAGAAUACUCUCAGCCAUCUAACAUGCUGUUUUAAGGUUACGAUCAGUGAACAGCUUGUGCACUAAUUGAUUUACCUCUUGGAUAAACUAAUGUGUUAUCAUUAAGAGCUAUUUAAGUGAGGUUGACUGGGGCUUUAGAAAUGGAAAGUUUGCAGAUGUAAUGCUGUGCACUUUGAUCAGGCAUUAAUAUUUCUACAUGCCAAAUGAAGACUAAUAAUAUCAUGGCAGCCUUUUUUAGUUUUACUGUAGCAUGCUGUAGUGUGUUGAAGGAAAAACACAGGUGAAGGGAACACUAAUGUAGCUUAAUGAGGUUUAACACUGACUUGUUUGUGUUAUAGACGAAGACUGAUCUCUCUGUGAGGAUUUUUUUUUUUUUCAAUAAAACUAAUAUGAAAUGAAAGCAGAAAGGGUACAGUAAUGUGUUAGGCUAAGCAUAGCUCAGGUUUAUAUGUUUUAAUUUUCAGGAUGUUUUAACCAACAUUUAGUGCCAGUAUCUUGGUCAAGUGUUUUUUAAUUGUAACUUUUUAGGAUUUUACUUAAAAGUUGGACAUAUUCCUUUUUAUGGAAGGUGUGUAAUUAAUAAUGAUUUAAUAUUAUUUUAGGCUAUUAAUUAAAACUUUGGUUUAGCAUGAUACCUCAGUUGGAUAUUAUCCUUUUAACUCAUGAAGCCAUGGUCAUGCUUUGCAGGCAGAGAGGUAAUUUACAGGCAAAUCUCAAUUCAGUCAGCAUCUUCUGUUCUUUACAUACACUGAAAUCAUGUUAGAUUGCACUUUAUGAUGCUGAAACGUGCUUUAUUUUCUGUCAGAAUAACACGUCUAAUAAAAGU